AUGACGAGUGAUACUGUCCCACAAUCAACCGCAACAUUGUGGGCAGAUAAUUUCUUUGCCUAUUUCAACCUGUUCUUCCCGAUUUUAUCGCGGCCCCACUUUAUGCAUCAACUCGUAACUCAGCCACAGAAAAUGGAUCCCUUACUUCGGAACGCUGUGUUCGCGAUCGGAUCCCAUUACACCAAGCACGUGCAUGAGACUGACUGUGUGAGCCGACAAUUUUUUAACCAAUGUCGAUCCAUGCUCCAUUUAUCAUCGGGAAAGCCCACACUCUCUUCACUGCAGGCAUUGGUGAUCAUGUGCUGGUACAGUUAUCUCCAGGACGAUAUGCAAACGUGCUCAGAGUUACGAUUGACCCUCAUCGCUUGCUUACGGGAACUGAACCUUGGGUGCGAUCCUGGCACUUCGUUGGAUACCGUCAACGUGGAAUUACGUCGCCGAGCAUUUUGGACAAGCUAUGUUAUCGAUCAGUGGCUGACGGUGUGUACUGGGCACCGUCUGAUGAGCUUGCGAAGAGAAAAGUGGGAUUGCAAAUGGCCACAACUGGAAGACACGGCCUUGCAGGUGACCGCGUUUUCACAGAUGAUCAAGUUGGCGCAAAUCAUGGGAGACAGCCAUGAACCGCAUCAACAACCGUUGGAAGCCGCUUUGACCGAAUGGUUACUCAAUUUGCCUUCCUAUCUCGAAUAUGGCAAAUCCGACGAUGAUACGCCGCCUUCGCCCAUGGCCAAGAUUUACCGCAUUCUCUAUUAUACCGUGCAGAUCAUGUUACAUCGUCCGAGCUUUGACCAUCCAAAUGACUUUAGUCGCAGUAUAUGCAUGACAGCCGCCAAUACAAUCAUUCACGUGGCAGAACAGAUGCACUGGCACGAUCAAGUGCGUUACCUUUACAACACCUUCAACACCUCGCUUUCGCUCGCCACUUCCAUCCAUCUCGAUGCCGUGCUUCACGCGGGGUUCGAUAACGUGCCGGCGAGAAUCAAUCUGGCCAAAAGCGUGCGUCUACUCAAGGACACCAAUUGCACCCUUUUACCCCAACCGGAGUUUGAACAUCUUUUGGAUCACUUUCUC